AUGGACCUUCGCACCCCGUCCGCCUUGCCAGAUAUUACAGAUAUAGGAACAUUUCCUUCCGGCGGCGCCUACUCAUCACGAACUUCUUCUGAGCCUCAUGCAUUGUUAGCGCAGCUGCUCAAAGCGCAUUUCCUGCGCCUACGGAAGACGCUGCUUCUUACCAUUCGUUUGGAAUUUGAAACUGCCCAUUUAUUGGAUUCUAGUAUAGGCCCUUUAUCCAUCGGCCCGGCGCAAAGUGAGCUUCGUUUUGAGCAUUUGCCGGCGCACGGUGAAGGUGAGGGCGCUGGUGGGCAAGAGACCAGCGCAAAGGAUAUGGACAUUGAGGCUGGAGAUUAUGCGCAUAUGGAGUCCAGGCGUGAGUCCGCCCUUGAGCAAAGAGUGUACGUGGUGACUCCGGUUUCCGGAAGCACUGUCGACCAGAGGUCCCUCUUCCGAGGUGCUUCCAUUGCCAACGGGUUGAGCCCCUCGUGUGGUCGUGUAGGGAAACCCCGCGACGUGGACAUUGCACCGGCGACCACCAGCGUCGGCAUUGUGCGCCUGUAUUGA